GCAUGAUGUCCCGGCGCGCCCCGUUGGCUGCCAGUGAUCUGACGUUUGGGCUGUACGGCGAGAAGAUCGCCCUCCCUCCCGGCUGGUUCCUCGUCCGCUUGCUCCACACGCCACGCGCCCGCCACGGCUACGGCUACAUGCUCUGUACGUGUGAUGGGACAGCCAUGCGACACGCAAACACACACAUGGUUGGUUGUCUGCGUGUGUCAGACAACAACUUCGAGGAAGCGAUGGAACAGCUCGAAAAGGAAAUGUAUGUGGCAGGCGUCGAUCUUUCGUCGCCAUGCCCAAACGUGUCCUCCUCUUUGUGUGUUGCUGUACGUUUGUGUGUCAGGGGUGAGCUGUCAGAGCAGCUCGAGCAGGUGCAAGAGAAUAUUCAGAGGUACGAGGAAGCCAAGCGGGCAGAGAAAGAGAUUGCCGAAGAGGGGGAAGAAGGAGAGCUCGAGGAGGGCGGUGAGGGAGGUGAAGGUGGGGAAGGCGGCGAGGAGGGCGCUAAGAAGCCGCCGCCGGCAGCCAAGAAGGAGACCGACGAGGGGCCGGAACCCCUCCUCUGGGAGGACACCGUAAGCAACACACAGUCCCUUCACCCCUCAUCUCACACACAAUCUACAGCUGCAUGCAUCCUAUACAGGAUGAAAAUCUGAUGGAUGAGGGGGAGUAUGACAUGGACGACCUCCUCGACGACCUGACUGACGAGGAGGGCCUGAGACACCGGCUGCGGCUGGUGCGGCGAGACAGACUGACUGAGGAGCUGGAAAAAAUGGCCGCACAGCUCGACAACCUGGAGCAAUACAAACCUAGGGGCAGGGAGAGGGAGGUACCAGAAGAAGAGGAGGAAGGUGAGGCAAGACAUUUGCUGCACACACUCCCCAGUGAGAGGAGACGUGUUGUGUGUGCACCAUGUGCAGCGUUUUCCGAGCCACCUGCCCCAACAUCUGCGCGUGACAAGACGAAAAAAGACAAGAAGACCAAAGGCGAAAGAAAGCCGGAGACACAGGGCAAGGAGAGUGAAGAGAAGAAGACGGGAAGCAAGAAACAAAAAGACAAAGAUGCGACUGAAGAGGAGGCCAAGAAGAAGGAGAUAAGAGAGGCCGAGAGGGAGAAGGCCAGCAGGAUCUUCUUCCGCUUCGACGGCAAGAAGGUCGCUUAUCUGCUGCCAGGGAACCCCAGGCGAGACCCGCUGUUUCGCAAGCCAACAAAGAAGCCCAAUGAAAAGAGCAAAGAGGCGAAAGAGAAGGCCGAAGAAGGGCAAGGAACCGAGAAAGGUCCAGAUCAACAUGCGCAGAAGGAGGGCAAAGGCACCGAGGAACAGACAAAGGAGCAGGAGCAGCCCGCUGCUGCUGAGGCUCAAGAUGCACACGAGAAGAAGCCGCCUCCGAAUCCAUACUACAUCGGCAAGCUCGUAAGCAUCCCAUUACCUCCAGCCAUUCAUCCACAGUCAUGGCAUGCAUGAGCCUUCCUCCCUCUGUGUGUGUGUGUCAGGUGGAGCAUUGUCGUGAUGAUUGGGCGUCCGAUCGGCGGCGUGUGCGCUAUGCCUUCUCUGAGGCGGACGCCUCGGCCUACAUGCGGCCUAUCAUUAACGAGGCGAAUGAGCUGCUGGAGAAGGAGCAGCAGUGGAUGGAACGGUACGAGCACGACAAAUGCCAGGCCGCACUCAACCCGCUGGUGGGUGCAGUGGGUGGGUGAGACACACACACAGGCAGACACAAAGAUGAGACAGACAGAGGCACGUGUGCGAGUCGAGUCAGGUGGGUGUGUAUGAGGUGAAGCGGGCACACCCAUCGUGGGCCGACAGGGGCCACACCGAUGUGGAGGGCGUCAUGCUCAUCCGGUAUGCGUGUGUGUAUGUCUUUACAUACAUACACACACACACACACACGCACGCACGCGCGCGCGCGCUCUAGCAGAGCUGUGUGUUUGUGUCAGUGAGUGGCUGGCUAACGGCACGUUGGGCCACGUGGUAUCCUCCCUCUGCGGCGAGCGGUGCGCCGCCGCAUUCAACGACACGCUGCUGCUCCACAACCUAAAGCAACUCAUAGAAACGUACACACAACAGACAGACAGACAGACAGACGGCCGACACAAAUGCAGCUUGGCGUGGUUCGAGCGAGAGGGGUUCAUCCACGGCAACAUCCGGCCGUCGAGCAUCGGCCUGGCGGACGAUGGCCACUUCAUGCUCCUGCAGGACCUCAUACCCACACGUAUGCUGACCUCUACACGCAACAACAGAGAGGGACACAAAGCGAACAAGCUCCUCCCAUAUGUGUGAGUGUGCAGGGGUGUUGAAGUGCUGGUUCUCUGAUGUGACGAUGCAGCUCACACGCCGGCCUGUAUGUGUCGCCCCGGAGGUCUAUCAGGUCAUACAUACAUCUUCCAACAGACAAACAAGCACGAGACACACACAUCUCGGCGGGUGUCCCUCUCUCAUUGUCGGCAGACCGUUGUGGUGGAUGGCAUCACCGAGCCGAGUGAGAUGCUGGCGAGGUUCAACCUACACAAGAAUGACGUCUUCUGCCUCGGACUGGUCUUCCUCCAACUGGCCGACAUGCGGGCGCCACUGUUCCGCGACGAGGCAAGCCAAGCCAACUCCAGACAUGAUAGACAGACGGGGGCUAAGGGUGAGAGACAGGGCAGUGCUGGAUGGACCAUGUGCGUGUGUGUGUGCGGAUGUGCAGACGUUGGGUGUGGGUCAGACUCUGCCUCUCGUCCAGUGGGAGAGGCGCGUGGCCAAGACGCUCGACAUGGUCGAGGAACGCCAUGACCAACGUGAGCAGAGAUGGCGGUGUGUGUGCAUAUAAUGUGUGUAUUUGUUGACGCAUCAGGUUUUGUAGGUCUUUUGCGUCGUUUGCUGGUAUGGGAUGGCGAAGAGAGGAUGACAUUCGCACAGAUUCACGACCAAAUGACGGUACACACACACAUACACACACACAUGCAAUUGUAUGUCCUUACUUAUUAAGUACAUACAAACCACUACUCAAAAACUACACGCACAAAAAGGCCAGCCACUUCUGUAUGUAUUCUUUCAGGGCCGCCCACCGCCCCUGCCACCCACAAAGGGCAAAAGGGCCGGCAAGAAGACCAAACAUACCACUAAGCCGACACCGCCCACACCAGAACACCACCACCACCAGCACCAGCACCAGCAGCAGCAGGGCGCCCCGACAAAGGACCAACAGCAGCUACGCAUCCGCCCAAAACGACCCAGAAAAGACGCCACACCCGAGGACGACUGCCGCAUCGAAUGAAUGAACGAACCCCCGAC